UAUCUAGCAUCAGAUCUCCAGAGAGGGAGAGAGACAGGGAUAGAGGUAGGGGAGAGACAGAGAGAGAGGGGCCGGGGGAUCGAGUGGUCAACAUGGAUGCUCCGGUACUUAGUUCUUCGCUUGCCCUUGGUGCCAUGAGUCCCCUGCUCGGUAAGCUCGAUGAACUCCUUGCUAGUACGGAGCACACGGCACCGAGCAUCCAGCAAAUCAGAGCCAAUCUUGGCAUCACAAGCACACGCCUGGUCGAGCUCUCCAUGUUGCAAGAUCCUCCCCUCGUGGCCAAGUACUGGAUGAAGGAUGCGCGCGAGCUGUCCUAUGACAUGGAGGACUGCCUCGACCUCGACCAGGUCGCCGGCGGCGGCGAGGAGGCGGAUUGGAUCGAUCGCAUCGCUGGGUUCAGAUCUCGCGUGGAGGAGGCCAAUAGACGGUACGAGAGGUACAAUCUUGAUUCCAUCCUUGGCUCCUCCACAAACAUUCCAAUCGACCACCGCCUUAAGCCGGCCGUCGGGAAGCCGGCGAUGGAGCAUGUUGGUAUGGAAGGGCCGAUGGAUGAGCUCCGCCGGUGGCUGACCGACGAGGCGCAGGAGCUCAAGGUGGUAUCUAUCGUCGGCGUUGGAGGGGUGGGUAAGAGCACGUUUGCGCAGAAACUAUGGCGGAAACUUGGUGGACAAUUCGAUUGCCGGGCUUUUGUGCACACGGCCAAGAAGCCUGACAUGAGGAGGAUUUUGAGGAGCAUACUCUCUCAAGUUCGUCCGCGACAACAGCCCGAGGUUUGUGAGGUGCAUAACCUCUUAGAAGAUCUCAGAAAACAUCUACUAGAUAAGAGGUACUUCAUUAUAGUGGAAGAUUUAUGGGAUACAUCAGUAUGGGAUGUUGUUAGCCGUGCUUUUCCAAAGGGUAAUUGUGGUAGCAGAAUAGUAACAACGACAAAAUUUGAGGAAGUUGCUCUGACUUCUUGUGGUUAUCACUCUAAGUACGUAUUUAAGAUAAAACCUCUUAGUGAGGAUCUCUCGAAGGAAUUGAUUGUCAGAAGAGUUUUUGUAUCCGGCAAAGGAUGUCCUCAACAAUGCAGUGCCAUUUUAGAUGAGAUUACAAACAAAUGUGGCGGUUUACCACUAGCUCUAAACAUCAUCGCCAGUCUUCUAUCUUGCCAACAUGAAGUAUUAGAGCACUGGAAACAUGCAAGGGAUUUUUUAUGCAACAGUUUGAGGACAAAUCCAACUUUUGAUGAGAUUCUGAAACAAGUAGUAAACCUUUGCUACAAUAGUCUUCCCCAUUGUUUGAAGACAUGUCUACUUUAUUUUAGCAUAUAUCCAGAGAAUUACACAGUUAUGAAGGAAGAUUUGGUGAAGCAGUGGGCAGCUGAAGGUUUUCUCUGUGCAACAAAAGGAGAAGAAAUUAUGGCAGUUGCAGUGAGCUGUUUUGACAGGCUUGUCAAUUUAGGAUUGAUUCAACCUAUUGAUAUCAAUUAUAAUGAUAAGGUGGUGCACUAUGCAGUGAAUAACAUGGUACUUGAUAUUAUUACUUAUAAGUCCAUAGAAGAAAAUUUUAUCACUGUAAUGGAUAAGGAUUGUUAUCAGAUGAGUAUAGAACUUUCUGACAAGGUUCGCCGACUGUCGCUCCACUUUGGCAGUGCAACAUAUGCAACUAUACCAGCAGGUAUUGGACUAUCCCAAGUUCGAUCACUUACCUUUAUUGGUUUGUUCAAUUGCCUGCCUUCCAUUGUGAAAUUUAAGCUUGUCCGAGUUGUGAUCCUUCAUUUUUUGGGUGAUCAUGGAAACUUGAGUUUGAAUCUCAGAAAACUAGGUGAACUGUCUCAGUUGAAGUAUCUGCAGAUAAAAUGUAAUGUCACCGUGGAGCUACCAUAUCAGAUGCAAGGGCUAAAACAUUUGGAAGCAUUGGAAAUAAGAGCAAGAACAGUGUCUAUUCCAUCGGACAUUUUUCAUCUGCCGAUGUUGUUUCAUCUCCUCCUUCGAGCCGACAGAAAUCUGUCCCCGCGGAUUGCUAAAUCUUUUUGUCUGGAACCUAAUCCUUCAGGGAAGAUCAGUUCCUUGGAUAACCUGAACGUCCUGUCGUCACCUCCCAUCUUUCUUCAGACAUUUGAAGUGUUGCCACCUAUUGGCGUCUAUUCAAGACUUCCUGAGUGGAUCCAACAACUCCGCAAACUCCGCAUUCUGAAAAUUGCGAUCAGACAAUUGAUGAGGAAUGAUAUUGAUAUUCUUUCAGGAUUGCCUGUGCUCACUGCUGUCUCGCUGCAUAUUCGGCAAUCCAUGGAAGAAAUCAUUGUCUUCCACCGCGAGUCAUUCCCAGCUCUCGACUGUUUGAAGCUAUCAUGUAGUGUACUGUACCUCACUUUUCAGGAAGAAGCAAUGCCGAAUCUUCGGAGGCUGAAGCUAGGAUUCAAUGCUCACAGAAGAGAGUUCUUUUACGUCAAUAUGCUUUCUGGCAUUGAGCACCUGAAAACCCUGCAGGAGGUAGUAGGACAAAUUGGUUUAGGCUUUGGUGCAGGGGAAUCGGAGUGGGCAGCUGCAGAGUAUGCAUUCAAGAACGCCUUUAGCAGGCAUUCAAACUUAACAAGCUUCAAUAUACGAAGAGUUGGUGGUGUUGAUGAAGAGCGCUCUGGUGAGGAGUUGUUGCUGACAAGCACCUUUAACUGGGAACCCCAAAUUUUGGAUCAGACAGAAAGCUCUUCACUUUCCUUGUCUGCUCCAGGAGUAAGUAGCCUUGAAAAGUUCAUAUUUACUAAAACAGAAUUUAGUCAGUUCCCGGGAUGUGUAGAUGUGUCGGAUCAGAAAGAAAACUCUUCACUUUCAUUGUCCUUGGGAGUAAGAAACCCUGGAAAGUGCGCAGUUGAUACAGAAUCCAGUCAGUUCCCAGGAUGUAUAGAUGUGUCGGAUCAGAAAGAAAACUCUUCACUUUCAUUGUCCUUGGGAGUAAGAAACCCUGGAAAGUGCGCAGUUGAUACAGAAUCCAGUCAGUUCCCAGGAUGUAUAGAUGUGUCGGAUCAGACGGAAAGCUCUUCACUUUCGUUGUUAUUGGGAGUAAGAAACCCCGGAAAGUGCGUAGUUGAUACAGAAUCCAACCAGUUCCCAGGAUGUAUAGAUGUGUCGGAUCAGAAAGAAAGCUCUUCACUUUCGUUGUUAUUGGGAGUAAGAAACCCUGAAAAGUGCGCAGUUGAUGCAGAAUCCAGUCAGUUUCCAAGAUGUGUAGAUGGGUCGGAUCAGAAGGAAAGCUCCUCGCAUUCCCUGUGCGCUUCGGUAGUAAGCGAUGCUUCAGAAAUGCUCGCAGCUAACACUGUAAAAUCCAGUGGUGGAAGUGUGGCGGGUGCAAGUGGUAGCGGGAAAUGCAAGAAACAAGGCUGCGAGGAGAAAGCCGGAGGAAAAACCAUCUUCUGCAGGGCCCAUGGCGGAGGCAAGAGGUGCUACUAUCCUGGCUGUACAAAGAGCGCCGAAGAGCACACAGACUUCUGCUUAGCUCAUAUUAGUCGCCGCUGCAUGCACGAGGGUUGUUUCCGGUUUGCACGCCGGAAAACUGACUUCUGCAGCAAGCAUGGAGGCGGCAAAAAGGGUGAGACUGAGACCCAUAAGAAGUCGUCCAGGAGUGCAGAAUCUCGCUCUGGAGCCACCAUCACUCACGUGAGUUCAGGUAAAAAUUGCAAGUCUCCAGGAUGCACAGGAACCGCAGACGGAGUCACCAUGCUCUGCGAGAAGCAUCGCAUGAAAAUGGCCUGCUCAUUUCCAGGCUGCACCAAGAUGGCAUGGGGGCCGAGUGCACACUGUGUACGCCACGGAGCCGGCAAGAGAUGUAAGUUUCUGGGCUGCACCAAGAGCACAAGGCGAAGCACCGAUUUCUGCAAGACGCACGGUGGAUCAGGAGGUGCAGAUGAUACUCUGUGCUCAUGGCGAGGAGGGGAAUCAAGCGUUGGUGGUGGCGAGGACAAGUGUGAUAGAAUUGCUCGGGGAAGGUCUGGUCUAUGUGCAGCUCACAGCGCUCUUGUCCUGGACGACCGUGCUUCCUGCGAUGGCACAAUAGCCCCAGCAGCCGCCCAGCUGGUCCAGGCAGAUGAACUCAUCAAACCCGAUGUGAUAGAACACCCUGCCGUGGAGGCAGGUCGCGAUGACAAAGCUGAUGGUGGUGUUGGAGGAUCAGGAUCAGCAGCGGCUGUGGCUGACCAAAGACUAGAUUUGAAUGCCGAGGCGAUUAUUACACAACAUUUCUUUGUUUGAGGGGAAAAAAAAAACAGGAAAGCUAGUCCUGUGUUGAUUUAUUUGUUGUAAGCGCCAAUGUAGUUCAUUACUUAGUACUGCUGGUAAUUAAUUCAUGUACUUUUGUAUAUAUAAGAGAGUAGUGCAA